AGAGCGUAGACGGAAGUGUCGAAUUGUCGCGUCACGUCCGUGCGGUGACGCAGCCGCGGGUCAGAGGCGGCUGGAAGAUGGCGGCUCCGGAGGAGCGGGAUUUGUCGGCAGAGCAGACGGAGAAGCUGCUUCAGUUCCAGGAUUUGACUGGCAUAGAGUCCAUGGACCAAUGUCGUCAUACACUGGAACAACACAACUGGAAUAUAGAGGCAGCUGUCCAGGACCGGUUGAAUGAACAAGAGGGUGUCCCAAGUGUCUUCAAUCCACCACCUUCUCGACCGUUACAGGUCAACACUGCUGACCACAGGAUCUACAGCUAUGUUGUUUCAAGACCGCAACCAAGGGGCUUGUUAGGCUGGGGUUACUAUUUGAUAAUGCUUCCAUUCCGAUUUACAUAUUAUACAUUACUUGAUAUAUUUAGGUUUGCUUUGCGUUUCAUACGCCCUGAUCCUCGUAGUCGGGUCACUGACCCUGUGGGUGACAUUGUUUCAUUUAUUCAUAUGUUUGAAGAAAAAUAUGGAAGAGUACAUCCUGUCUUCUACCAGGGAACAUACAGCCAGGCACUGAAUGAUGCAAAGAGGGAGCUACGUUUCCUCCUCGUUUACCUUCAUGGUGAUGACCAUCAAGACACUGAUGAAUUUUGUCGGAACACACUCUGUGCACCAGAAGUUAUCUCUCUUAUAAAUACCAGGAUGCUUUUCUGGGCUUGUUCCACAAAUAAACCAGAAGGAUAUAGAGUGUCUCAGGCUUUGCGUGAGAACACCUACCCAUUCCUCGCAAUGAUUAUGCUGAAGGAUCGUAGAAUGACCGUAGUUGGAAGGUUAGAAGGACUCAUCCAACCUGAUGACCUCAUGAACCAAUUGACAUUUAUCAUGGAUGCCAACCAGACAUACCUGGUGUCUGAGCGCCUGGAAAGAGAAGAAAGAAACCAAACUCAGGUGCUGAGACAGCAGCAGGAUGAAGCAUACCUGGCUUCCUUACGGGCAGAUCAAGAAAAAGAGCGCAAGAAAAAAGAAGAACGUGAGAAGAAGAAGAGAAAGGAGGAGGAGGUACAGCAGCAGAAACUGGCAGAGGAAAGACGGAAACGGACCCUACAGGAGGAGAAGGAAAGAAAAUCUGAAUGCCUUCCACCAGAACCUCAUCCUGAUGAUCCAGAAAGUGUCAAGAUCAUCUUCAAAAUGCCCAAUGACUCUCGGGUGGAAAGGCGAUUCCAUUUUACACAAUCUUUAUCAGUGAUCCAUGAUUUCCUGUUCUCUUUGAAAGAGAGCCCAGAGAAGUUCCAGAUUGAGGCCAACUUUCCUCGCCGUGUCCUGCCCUGCCUUCCAACAGAGGAAUGGCCCAACCCACCCACGCUGCAAGAAGCUGGACUCAGCCACACGGAAGUUCUUUUUGUGCAGGACCUCACGGACGAUUGACAUUUCACCCCAAAAUAUACAGAGAUGGAAAAAGAUUCAUAUUAUAAUACGAUAUUUUUUUUAAAGACUGCUGCGUACAAAUGAGGGAUCAGAGACUAUGUGGCCUGGGGCAGCCACAUCAUGUGUCUGCACUGGUGGGAGAAAUGGCACACUCGCACACACUCAACCCCUUUUACAUUCAGAGGGUGGAUGAGAGGGGCCACAGUUGCCAUCCCAGGAGAAGGUCAGAAAUAUCAGCUCUGGGUCAAUACGGCGUUUCUUAAACGUAAUACACCCCGGCAUUCUGACAUUAGAAGACUGGAUGUUUUGCUGCUUGUGAUAGCUAGAGGACUGUAUCUGUGGGUCGGGCAGACAUCUUGUGCCCUGUUUGGGAGGGACAGACAGAGGGUUAUUACUUCCAGCUUCUCAUUCUGUAUAAAUCUUUUAAAACUUCUGCUUUGUAAUGACCAAAGGAGAACAGGGGUAACAGUUGAAUUUUUUUUAAAAUAAGGAGCUGGUUGACAUUCUUAACAGGGGUUCUUCUCCCAGGUUGUUAGCCUACAUAGUGUAAUAAAACUCUGGCUCUAGUGUGCCUGUGCUAACA